AUGGCUCGGUGCGACAUCAUCGCAGCAGUGUUCCUCGCCAGCCUCGCGGUGGUCGUGCACGCCCAGUUCUACGAUUUCUACCAAGCGUUUCAACCACUAGUCCAGUCUUACCCCACCUUAACGGACAACUACGAACGCGCGCACACAACAAAAAGGCCGAGAACAACCAUCAGACACAAGACCAACGGCUACACGGAACAAACAAGCAAAAGCAGAGAAGUUACUAGAAGGAAUCCGGUCGCAAUAUCCAGCCUAGAAGCGCCGGUGAGAGAUGAUUCUAGAAGGAGGGAGAAAACUACGCCGGCUCACGUCACACAAUCUCCGUCAACCGCAAAACCGGUCAGGAAAACCAGCAAACCCAGUACGUCACAGAACAACCAGAACCCCAAAGCCAAUCCACGUGCCAACUCCAGGAACACCGCCCGGGAAAUUGCCAGCAGCCAAAAGCAGACGGCUAGAGACCCCAGCUCAUCCAGGAUAGUCUACGAGGAACCCGUCUACAGCGCCAACGGUUUCAUUAACGAAGGGAGCGGCAGAAGACCGGACACUGCUUACGAGGCCAGCACAAAAGCCUCCAAUCCGAACAGGGGAUCCAAAAACCCGUACACCACCCAGAACCCGUUUCUCAACAGGCCUGGGGUCAAACCGGCGCCUGUGGACGAAAGGAGACCGCCGAUCACCAACAGGCCUCAAACCAAGAAGCCGACCCAAGAAGCGCCAAGACCGACUGAUAGUGCUAUCAAGUUCCCUCUGGACCAGACCACAUCGCCGGAACUGAUCAUCGGACCGAACGAGGAUGGCAUGAGCGAAGUGGAGAAGAGAAGAUACGUCGAGCUAUCGGAGAGGAUGUGCGACAAAUACAAGAACCUGAACACGAAGCAACUGCAAGCGAUCCCCCUCGUGCCGUCGCCGGAGCCUGUCCAGAUCAACGAGUUCCCCCACAUGGCCCUCAUCGGCUGGCUGAAGCUGCAGACCAGCGGCUACGCGUGGAGAUGCGGCGGCUCGUUGGUGAGCAACCAGUUCGUGCUGACGGCCGCCCACUGCGCCUACGACGAGAGAGACAACAGCAUCGUCAUGGGAACCCCACGAGUGGUGCAAUUGGGAUCCUCGUAUCUCGACGACCCUGGCGCCCUGGUGGUGAAGGUGGCCGCGGUGGUGCGCCACCCGAAAUACAAGCAGCCCAGGUCGUAUUACGACAUCUCUCUCAUCAAGCUGGCCACAACGAUCACGUUUUCGGAGGUGGUGAGGCCAGCGUGUCUUGGGAUACCACCCCCGCCAGGAGACUCUGUCGUUGCCACUGGCUGGGGCCGAACGGAAUUCGGCGGUAGCCAGUCGACGGAGCUGCGCAGCGUGUCCGUGCCCGUUUGGGACGACGGCGAGUGCGCCGAGGUGCUGGGCACCUCGCGGCGGCUGCCCUCGGGGCCGAGUCCAGAAAGCCAGAUCUGCGCGGGCGAACAGCGCGGCGGGAAGGACACCUGCCAGGGCGAUUCUGGGGGGCCUGCGCAGAUACAAGAUGGCUGCGUUUGGAGGGUUGUUGCGGUCACUUCUCUUGGGAGGGCGUGCGGAGCCCCCAAUACGCCUGCGCUGUACGCGAAAGUACAAAGAGCGUUCGUGGCCUCCGUGGUGUUCGGCAAACUGGUACCCAAUGAUGGGGGCGGGACCAACAGCAAUGGGGGCGGGACCGCCAACAGCGGUGGUGCCGACCGAUGGGGUGACAACAGCAGGCGGACUACCGAGAGGGCGACGUACAACAAUGGGGGCGGUGACAACAACCGACGGAACGGCGCCAACAACAGACAGACGACUGAGAGGGCGACGUACGACAAUGGAGGCAAUGUCGCCGGCAGUGACGUUAGCAACAAUAAACAGUGGUAUGGCAACAACAACAGAGCCACGACCGAGAGGCCGACGUACGAGAAUGGGGGCAGUGCCUCCAGCAAUGGCUUUAACAACGACAACCAGUGGUACAGCGGUAACAACAGGCCCACGACCGAAAGGGUGACGUACAACAGUCAAGGUUCGCAGGGAGACAGUUGGAACGCAAACCGACAGAACAGUCGGAUCGACAACAACGUGUACAGUUCGCAGAGCAACAGCGUCGAUAAGAGACGGGACGUUCCGUUAUACAAUCAACAGAAUUACAACACACAAAGGAACGAUAGGAACAACAACAACAAUUACGACCCGUACAACAAUCAGCAGUUCUACAACAGCCAGCCGACAUGGUGGACU